UUCUUUCAUAUCGGUUGGGGGGAGACUAUAUUUGUGUUUUUCUGAGUCGACAAAGACAAAAAUUUGUCAUUAUUGGCAAGUCUACUAAGAAAUAAAGUUAACAACGCUAGUGCUAGUGGCUUUGUUCCUUUUUAAAUGUGUAGCAACAAUACAUUUGGACUGUGAAGACCUUGCUAGUGUAUAUAUUUAAUUCAACAGACCCUAUAGUAAACGUUUUGACUAUCAUAAUGACCCAAUCUCGCGAAGAUGAAACCGAAGCUAUACGUGCUAGAUAUGAGGAAUUGUGCCGCGAACUUAACAUGGACAGGGAGACGGAAGAGUUGUCAUGGAACAAGUACCUAGAAAUAUCUCAGAGUUGUUCCCUAGAGGGAGACAAAUUACAUUGGUUUUGUUGUGCUCUAUAUGCUGCUUGCCGUGGUUCAUAUACUCCAACUGUGGGAGGUGGUAAAAACGAUGUUGUUUUGGGCAACUGCAUAUCCGUGGUUAAAUUGCUAAGAAAUUGCAAUAUGAGCAUUUAUGAAUUUACCUCAAAGAUGAGGAAAUGGUGUGAAAUGGCAAAACUACCCGAGCAGUUUCUGAAUCAAAUCAAUAAAAUGGAACGUAGUUACAGCAUAACUUCGAAUGUUUUUAUGCGUUAUACCGAUAUAUUUGAGCAACUUUUUGUUCCACCACCCAAUGAGAAGAAAAAUUCCAAAUUCAGGACUGCUAAAUGCCCAUAUGGAAAAUUAUUUAAAAUAAGUUGGUACCUAUACCUCUGUGCCAAAAAUCAGAACCAAGUGACUGACAUUGUAAUGUCAUUCCAUCUUUUAAUCUGGUGUAUUGACCUAAUUUAUAGAAAUGUACUAAGCGAAAAUCCCGAUCUCAUUAAUCCAAAGUUUGUGGGCGUGCCACCCAAGUGGGGACAACCAGAUUUUGAUGCUCGAAUUUUGAAAGACUAUUGCAUUAUUGAGCCACUGUGUAAUAUGACGAAUGCUUCACCACAUGAUGCCAUAAAUAUGAAGGAAACAUUCAAAAGGAACAUACAGGAUUUCCUCGACUCUAAUACUCUGUGUGGCAGCGAAGAUACUUUGGUGUCCAAUGCCAAUUUUGAACGUAAUUUGAGGUCUUUGAAAGGCGCCUACGAACUCUAUGUAUUGAAUAUGGGCGAAUUAGAUGAACGAAUUUUGUUGGAUUAUCGCAAGAUUAAUAGUUCACAUGAGUCAUCUGGCAUAAAAAUUGAUUUACAAUCCGAUAUAAAGUCAUUGAUGCCCAAUACACCAUAUACUAGGAAAGAAAGCCUGCCCAGCAAAGAUGGCAUCUUAGAUCCGGUGGCAAAUGCUACAAACAAUGUCAAGAAAUUACGUGAAAUUUCCAAUAUAACCGAUUACACAGAUUUUAUAAGGAAAUCUACAAGUGAAGAGGUUAUGAAGAAAAUGCAAGACCAAGUCACAGUUAUGUCUAAGAUAUUCUACAACAAGUUCCCCAACAAGGAAGAGUCUGUGAACAAAUUUCAACUAGCAAAAUCAUUGUAUUACUAUUUAAUGGACAAAAUUCUACAAUCCGAAGUAACCAAUAGGCACAUCGAUCUCAAUAUAAUACUACAAAAAAGUGAUAGCAUCAAUACUACACUAAUUGCAUGCAGUGUUGAAAUAGUUCUUGAUGCCUACGAUUCACCUCUGAAGUUUCCCUGGAUUUUGGAAUGUUUCAGUAUUACUGCUUUCGAAUUUUACAAACUUAUCGAAAUUAUAGUCAGAAGUCACAAUGGCAUACUAAACCGGGAAUUGAUUAAGCAUCUUAAUCUAAUAGAGGAAAUGUGUUUGGAUAAUUUGGCGUGGAAAAAGUCUUCGCCACUCUGGGAGUUGAUUAAAAAGGAGCCUAUGCCGCUACCAACAUGGUCGGAAGUUAAAGUUAACAAUAGCGAUUGUUCUGAACCGCAAUUACAAUCACCAAUGAACUCUGCGUUUGAUACGUUCAGUGCCGCAUCUACACCUGUAGUCAAUGAAUCUGUAAGAAGAGAUCUCUUUAAUACGCCCAAAGAGAGUGCUACAUCCCAAAUCAUUAACAAAAAUAAUGAUGUCAGUAGACAAGCAAUUGCUCCUAAGCGCUCUAAACCCUUGAAAUUAUUUCUCAGAAAGUUUUAUACACUUGCCUGGCUGCGCAUAAAAGAAUUAUGCAGAGAACUGGAUCUUGGGGAUGAGAUGGUGCUUAAAAUAUGGACUCUAUUUGAAUAUUCCAUAACGAAGAGAACCGAAUUGAUGCAAGACAGACAUUUAGAUCAAAUUUUUAUGUGUGCAAUAUAUUUAUAUAUAAAGGUUGGCGAAGUAAGUGAUAAACUUUUUAGAGACAUAAUGAAGUUCUAUAGAAAACAGCCACAGGCUACAAGCAGCAUUUACAGGGAAGUCCUAAUUAAGGCAGAUGAAGAUGAUAUAACAGAAGUGGGAGACAUCAUAAUGUUUUACAACGAAAUUUAUAUGCAAAAGAUGACACCAUACGCUUGGAAUUUCAGCAAAAAGAAACCAGAGAAUUCGGAUAAUGUUUUGCUUUUAUCGCCACAUCCAACUGAAAAGCAAACAUUUCCACAACAACUCUCGGGAAAUCACUACUUUUUUGUUCAUGCUUUGGACAAAAACGAAUUGGACAAAUACACGGCCUCGCCCAAUCAACUAAUAUUUGAAAUUUGUCGCAGUCCUGGCAAGGAUCUAGAGAAGAUAAAUGCCAUCAUUAACAGCAAUGGAAAACGUAAUCUACCCUUUGCCUUAAUGGACCCAGCAGAUGAACCAGAUAGAAAACGAACAAGAGGUUCCGGAAAUCAGGCUCUUUUAAAAAUGAUGAAAGAUCGUCAACAAGAACACCAAUAAUUGCGCUCGAGUUUUUAUAAAACCAACUUUUUUUAUUUAUUCAACGACAAAAUGAAAUCCGUAGUUUGCACAAGAUUUUAUAUUCAAUUAUUAUUAUGUUUUAUUCAAAAGAGAGAGAGAGAGAGAUAGAGAAAAAGCAAAAUAUUGGUUUAUAAUAUAAAAAUGAACUUUCCUGUAUAUAAUUCGCUAAGAGAACCAUUUAUUAUCACCAACAUUUUCUAUAUGAAAGUUUCCCUUUAGAAGUAUUUGAACUCAUAAAUUUUAAUUUUUAAUUUUAUCGAAAUAAUCAUUCUAAACUACUAUUAGAAAUUUUAUUAACAUAAAAACUAAACAAACAUACAUACAUACUUACAUAUGUAUAUUUGAAUUAACAACGCGUUGUUUUAGAAUGAAUUCCAUCAACUAUCUAUCUAUAUAUAUGCACUAGUAUAUAUAAAUCUAUUUAAAAUGAAAAAAGUCUUUAGUUAUGUACAUUGUAUUGCUAAUACUAACUUUUUUGUUAACAAAAUUUCGUCGUAUAGAAAUGACAAAUAAUUAUCUAAUAACGUGAAAAACCAUGUAAAUUAUUCAAUAUUUAAUAAUAAACAAAAACUUUAAAUUAAUACGUAAAAUAAUUUUAUAAAUAGAUUGUUGUCAUCCAUCGUCCUAAUUCUCGCAUCCCGCUAUCUAGCGAGUUUUUGUUCGAAGAUUAAUUCCGUUAGUACAAAUUUGAUCAUGGCUUAUGAUCGUAAUUUGUCAAAAAGUUAUCGAUUUCGGGGAAGAAAAAUCCACACGCCGAACAUAUUUUGCCAUCUCAAAGGUAAACAAAGCAAAUGGUGGUAGUUUAAAAAAGUUAUUAGUACAAAAAAAUAAAUGAAACACGUUCUUCACAAUA